AUGGAUAACCUAUGGGCCCGUCGCACAAACUCCAGCAAGCUCUCCUUGUCGACGCCAGCCAACGGUGGCACAGCUGAUUCCGGCCGAUUUGCCUCUUCCUCCAGACGUCAAGAUGGAAAGUCAGGAGGCUUACCUUCUAAUCCAGGCAGCGCGCUUGCCUCGCCAACGACGGGAGGUGGUGCUGCCAGCGCCUUUGGUCUAGGCUCUGGCGCUUUUGCCUCAUUUGGCUCUGCAAAGACACCAAAGACGCCCGGCAACCCUUUCGAUUCCGCCAUGGGAUCAGCCGCGCCCAAGCAAGGCGCCCCAAAAGAUGCUUCCAGGGCCGUGGGAAAACCGGGAAACAUGACCUCGAUAACAGAGGCAAGGCCCUCUGGGUCAGCUGUUGGCCAGAUACACCCGCUGAAAGACGCCUGGUCAUUCUGGUACCGCCCACCCAUUUCCAAGGCCCAUGGAUACAUUGAGUACGAGAAUACCCUGCACGGAAUCGCCACCAUGCGCACAGCGGAGGAAUUUUGGGAAAUUUACUCGCAUCUCAAACGGCCUUCCACUCUGCCUGUGGUAUCCGACUACCAUCUCUUUAAGAGAGAAAUUCGUCCUAUUUGGGAGGACGAAGUAAACAGAAAAGGAGGAAAAUGGGUCGUUAGAAUGAAGAAGGGUGUGGCUGACCGAUACUGGGAAGAUCUGCUUCUCUCUCUGAUUGGUGACCAGUUUGGCGAUGCCGGCGAGGAAGUGUGUGGUGCCGUGCUCAGCAUGCGCAAUGGCGAAGAUAUCCUGAGCAUUUGGACCAGAACUGAUGGUGGCCGUGUGCUCAAGAUUCGCGAAACCAUGAAGCGCGUCCUCAACUUCCCGCCCAACACCCGCGUUGAGUUCAAGAGUCACGACUCCAGUAUCCAGCAGCGAACCGCCAUCGACGAGCAGCGUCGUGAGAAAGCGAUCCAGCACCACAACGACAAGCGAAAUGCGGGCAGCUCAAGACAAGGCCACGAUUAA